AUAAAUAAAUGAAUGAGAGCCAUAAAGUAUAAAAGGAAGUAGAGAGCGCUCUUAUCAUAGUCGGCGAGUCUCCCUCUAACACCAUGCUUUCUUACGCAGUUGGACUCCUGAUCGCGGUUUCCGCCGUGUCCGCUUUCCCCCGCCCAGGUCCGGCUCCAGGUCCCAAGCCUGGCCCCGCUCCCUACGCCAUGCCCGGGCCAGCCCCAGGACCUCUCCCAGCACCCCAGCCAAUGCCAAUGCCCCAGCCUGGCCCAGCUCCUGGCCCUGACGCUUACUACGGUGGAUACGGAUUAGGUGGACUUUACGAAGGUUACGGAUACGGAGGUUAUGGUUAUGGAGGUUACGGAUGCGAAUUCCCUCCCAUAGUAGAGACCGCUUAUGUCGCCCCCAUUGCCACCAUUGCUGAGCCCGUCAUCGAGGAGGUCUUCUUCGAGCCUUACGGAUACGGUGGUUACGGAUACGGUGGUGGCUACUACGGAGGAGGCUACGGUGGGUGGUAAACUGAAGAGGCCACUACUUCUACUAAAAAACACAACCACUGACCGACCUAUUUAAUACAUUAGUAUUAGUUUUUUAUACUGAAAUAAAAUUAAAAAUCGCAUGGUUA